CGGGAAGGAGGCGGGCUCGCGUACAGACUUGGUGGAGGACCGACGUCACUGUUUGUGUGCUGUGCACUGCUCGCUUUGGGGAAGAUGGCGGAGGCAGCGGCUGUUCCCCCGCAUCGGUUUUUCUGUCACUGUUGUAAGGGCGAAGUAAAUCCCAAACUCCCGGAGUAUAUCUGUCCACGCUGUGACUCAGGCUUCAUUGAGGAAGUGACAGAAGAUUCCAGCAACCUCCUAGAGGGCGGCGCUAAUGGAAUGGAUGACGCAGCCACUCAGUUUGCAGAGCUUUGGCAUCUCUUAUUAAUGGAACGGCCAUUUUCCAUCGAUGGCGACAACCCCGAUUCGGAACCCCGACUCCCGGGCGGGCGCUUGGGCAGGCUCAGCGACCUGGGGGGAGUUGGUAGCGGGCCCAUCGGGGGCUCAGUCCCUGCUGGCCUUGGAGGGCCCAUGGGGGUGUCGCUAGGCACAGGCGAUCACUGGGGCCCGGCGCGCCCCCCACGUUUACACACUCAAAGGAGAUACAGGACCAGAGUCAGUAGUAGACCUGACAGGUCACCUGCUGUUGAAGGGAUUGUACAGCAGUUCCUUGCAGGCCUCUUUGCCAACUCUGGAGUCUCUGGCUCACCACCACUCUCAUGGACAGGGAUGCUGCAUUCUAAUCCAGGGGACUAUGCUUGGGGACAAGGUGGCCUGGAUGCUGUCAUAACACAGUUGUUAGGUCAGCUGGAGAACACAGGGCCUCCUCCAGCAGAGAAAGAGCGAAUCUCUUCUCUUCCCUUUGUUAAUAUUUCUCAGGAACAAGCAGACUGUUGUAUGGAAUGUCCAGUGUGCAAAGAGGACUUUGAGGUUGGUGAGGCCGUCAGACAGCUCCCCUGUAACCACUUCUUCCAUUCAGCCUGUAUAGUGCCAUGGCUAGAGAUGCACGACACGUGUCCAGUUUGCCGGAAGAGUUUGAACGGCGAAGACAGCAGCAGUCAGCCCCCGUCAGAGCCCCCCUCCCUCUCCAUGGACCCCCGCACACAGGAGAGAUGGUCCUUCUGAAGACUAACAAACAAAAAGCCAAGAAACCGAUUCUUGCUCCCUUAUCUGUCAUAAUCACUUUUUUUUUUUGUAUUUUCCGUUAAGUCUUUACUCCCAAGUAAAUACACAUGCAUACAGAUCUUAAAGCAGACAAAAAAUGUUUUCACAAAUUCUGCGAUAUGCUCCAUUCGAAAUUCUAGGAAAUGGUUUUGGGGAGUCUUAUUUUGCCUCAUGCAAAUGAGUCGCCUCUCACCUUAGAAGCAUUUGUGUACAAGCAAUUUCCAAGCCAAUUUCCAUGAAGUCCUGUUGAGGGUCUCUUUUCCGCCGCAGAUAGAUCCUUCUAUGUUUACCCUUCAAGCCACUUAGCCUUUUUAACACUAUUUUGGGUAAAAGUCAGGUUUUGUAUCCCAAAGUCACCACUUUGCUGUAAACAUUCAUGAACUCCUAUUUAUUGUUUUGACUGUCCCCAAUCGUAUUUCUUUUGCUAAUGUUGGUUUAGGCAUUCCUUAAAGGGAAAUGAUAUCAUAACUAUUACAGCAUCCGCCCGUGGAGCCUAUAUUAGCUCAUUUAAGGCAAGCAACGGAGGACACCCAGUCCUGGCUGCCAGCCAAUCAACCAAUCGCACUCAAAUUCACACCUAUGGCCUUCAAUUACCUACGAUGCAUGUAUUUGAACGUGAGAGGAAAAUGGAGAAACCCCAAGAAGGAGAACAUGCAAAGUUCUCUAAGGAAAGCUGUAUUUGAACCCACUCCGCACUGGGAAGCGAACGUGCUAACCAGUCAAAUCGAACCAAGUCAUCAGUGCUCAUCCCACUUUUUGAAUUCAACCUACUUAUACUGGUGUAUAUAUUAUAAUCCGAUAUCAUCUCUGUCAUAAUAGUCCUCUGUGUAUGACCACAUUUUUACCACUUGUUUUUUUAAGUGUAAAUAUUGUAGUCCAAAAACAGUUUGCAAAGAAAAACAAUGAGAAUGGAGAUGCAAAUGCGAAUGACGUACAUGGUUAAACUGUAUAUUAUAUAAUUGAAAUAAAAAUGUCUAUGAUGUAUUAAAAAUGAUGAAACG